AUGUCUCUCAGCUUACCCUUCUCUUAUACCACCCUCCUUGGGACGGGCGCUGGAAUAUGGGUCGCAUAUCUGUGGCUUCUUUUUACGACCGCCAAACGGAAGGUCCAACACAUCCCUACCAUUGGACCGGACGGCUUUAUCACGUCGUACAUCUCUGCUUGGAGGUAUGAGUUCGGGAAAGGAAGAAAAAUGAUCCAGGAGGGCUACGACAAGUAUCCCGGCGGGGUCUUCAAAGUGCCUACCCUUACAACGCGCAAUGGGUGGUUGAUAGUGGCAAACGGGACAAAGCUCACUGAGGAUAUUCGCAAGGCCACCGAUGAUCAGCUAUCGUUCGGAGAUGCUUCCUUCGAGCUAUUCCAAACAGACCAUUUGCUCGGCGCUGGCAAAAGUAUCAGUGAUAGGCAAACGCCCUACCACGUCUCUGUUGUUCGCGGUGCUCUCACCAAAGGCUUCUCUUCACGGAUGGAAGAAAUCAGGGACGAGUUCGUCCAGGCGGUCUCUGACGUCAUGUCAAUUGGAACAGAAUGGUCCAGCUUCAAGGUUCAUAAGUCGCUAUUGCCCAUUAUUUCCAGGACAACCAACCGCUUCUUCGUCGGGUUGCCACUAUGCAGAAACGAGGAAUUCUGUCGUAUCCAGGAAAGCCUUACUGUCCACUUGGUUGCUGCAGGGACGUUCCUCAAUCUUCUUCCUGCACCGUUCAGGCCUAUCGUUGGGAAACUCAUCACCAAGUUCCCCUCAGCAAAUCGAAAGAUAGAAAAACACUUGGCACCACUUUUCCAGGAGAGAAUGGAAAUGGACGCGAAGCAUGGACGCAAGUGGGAAGGAAGACCGGCCGAUGUGAUUUCGUGGCUGCUAGAUGCUGCCCCCGACCACCGCAGAAACCUUGAAGACCUUUCGGGCCGAGUAAUCGCCCUCAACAUCGCGGCUAUCCAUACGACCUCUGUGGUGCUCUGCAACACCCUUUUCGAACUAGCCGCCCGUCAAGAGUAUUUUGCUCCAUUGCGAUCUGAAGUCGAGGAUGCCAUCAAUACCUAUGGGUGGACUAAGGAAGCGACAACGAAGAUGCGCAAAGUCGAUAGCUUCAUUCGAGAAUCCAGUCGAGUUACAGGGAUCACUGCGGUGUCAAUGAUAAGGAACUCUAGAUCUGACUUCACUUUCUCCAACGGUGUUGUCGUCCCCGCCGGUUUCAGGGUAGCGGUACCCGCGGACGCCACUCAUCGCGAUCCUCAAUACUAUGAGGAUCCCCACACCUUCAAAGGGUUCAGAUUCGUAGAUGAAAGCGAAGACUCGGAGGGUUUCAAUCUCGACAGCCUCAGGAAUCAAAUGGUCGCAUUGGACACUACAUUCCUUCUUUUCGGCAACGGCAGAUCUGCUUGUCCUGGACGCUUCUUCGCUGUGGCUGAGAUCAAGGCUAUGCUCGCGCACCUUCUCAUGAACUACGAUUUCAAGCUGCCGAACGAUAGCAGGGAACCACCCACUCCCCAUUGGCUUGGCCAUACCCGGCUCCCCAACGAAAGCGCCGAGAUCCUCUUUAGGAAGCGGAAGGAGUAA